UGUCAGGGCCGUACUCUGCUCGUUCAAUUAUUGCUAUUCUGAUUCUUCUUCUGAAAUUAUUGGUACUCUGCUUCUCGCGUCGCGAAUCCCUCGGAGUCUUUGUCUCUACGCCAUGGAGUCUUUGUCUCUACGCCAUGGAGAUUCUCCAGACCCACUAUGGCUUCCUGAAGGUCACUCCAUUCCCCCCGAAAGCACCUUCAGCCCAACCCAUUGUCUAGCUUCGCCACCCUCUCCACCCAGCAACUGAAGGAGCGCGCCAGUUCCGAGCUCCAGGUGUUCCGAUGGCUGAGGUACUGGCCACCGUCGUGGUCGGGCCACUGGUGUCCAUGGUGAAGGAGAAGGCCUCCAGCUACCUCCUCGAUCAGUACCAGGUGAUGGAGGGCUUGGAGAAACAACACGAGGUCCUCAAGCGCAAGCUGCCGGCUAUUCUGGACGUCAUCGCUAACGCCGAGGAGCAGGCGGCAGCCAAGAGAGAAGGGGCGAAGGCUUGGCUGGAGGGGGUCCGAAACAUGGCCUACCAGGCGAAUGACGUCUUGGAUGAAUUCAAGUAUGAGGCGCUCCGUCGCAAAGCUAAGAAGGAGGGUCACUACAAGGAGCUCGGCAUGGAUGUAAUAAAGCUCUUCCCUUCUCACAACCGUGUUGUGUUCCGUUACAAGAUGGGCAACAAGCUCCGUAUGAUUUUGCAAGAACUUGAUGUCCUUAUAGCAGAGAUGAAUGCCUUCAGGUUCGAAUUCCGACCAGACCCACCAGUGCCCAUAAAUUACUUGAGGCAGGAUAGUCCUGCUAUCGUGGACCCUAUAAACAUUGCUAGAGAAUCAAGAGCUGAAGACAAGCAGAAGGUUGUUAAGGCGUUGCUUGAUCAAGUUGGCAAUGCGAAUCUCACUAUCUUUCCCAUCGUCGCGAUGGGGGGGAUGGGAAAGACCACCUUAGCACAGCUUGUUUACAAUGCCCCCGAGAUUCAGGAGCAUUUCCAGCUACGGCUCUGGGUGUGUGUCUCAGACAACUUUGAUGUGGAUUCCCUAGCUAAAAGUAUUGUGGAAGAAGCUGCCAAGAAUGGUUGUCACCCGAAUGGAAGUUCAGCAUUGGACAAGCUUCAAAGUGCAGUGAAUGGGAAGAGGUACCUGCUCGUAUUGGAUGAUGUCUGGAACCAUGAUGAGGCAUACAAGUGGGAAAAAUUGAAGUCCUACCUUCAGCAUGGUGGCAGUGGUAGCUCAGUGCUGAUAACAACUCGUAAUCAGGCAGUCGCUCAACUAAUGAUGGGUACAGCUAAAGGAGCCUAUGAACUUGGAAGAUUGGGUAAAAAAUUCAUAGAAGAAAUUAUCAAAUCAAAAGCAUUCAGUUCAAAACAAGAAAAGGAUUGGCCUCGUGAACUAGUUAACAUGGUUGGUGAUGUUGCCAACAGAUGUGUUGGUUCUCCUUUAGCUGCUACAGCAUUGGGCUCUGUGUUAAGAACCAAGACCACCGUGCGUGAAUGGAAGGAUGUGUUAAGAAGAAAAAAGAUUUGUGAUGAUAGAAACGGAAUCUUACCAGUACUCAAGCUUAGUUACAACUGCUUGCCAUCACAUAUGCGGCAAUGCUUUGCUUUCUGUGCUAUGUUUCCCAAGGAUUAUGAGAUUGAUGUGGAAAUAUUGAUCCAGUUAUGGAUGGCCAAUGGUUUUAUCCCCGAGCAACAAGGAGAAGAACAUCCUGAAAUUUCAGGUAAAAAUAUUUUCAUUGAGUUGGCGUCAAGGUCAUUUUUCCAGGACGUGAAGGGGGUCCCAUUCGAGUUCAAUGAUACAGAGGUCUCUAGAGUUACUUGUAAGAUCCAUGACCUUAUGCAUGAUGUUGCACUAGAUUCUAUGGGAAAAGAAUGUGCUGCUAUAACUACAAAACAGAGUAAAAGUGAGGACCUUCCACAUUUAGCUCGUCAUUUAUUAUUGUCAGUAUAUGAACCAGAAACUCUUCUGAAUACUUCUCUAGAGAAAGGAGCUCCGAUUCUCCAAACACUGAUAUGUGAGGGAAAUCUAGAUCAGGACUUGCAGUGUUUGUCAAAAUACAGGUGUGCACGAGCAUUAAGGAUCCAAACACUUGCAGCUUCAUUUACAAAUGCCAGAUGUCUUCAUCACCUAAGGUAUCUUGAUCUCUCAAGAAGUAAUAUCGAAUCGCUCCCUGAAGACAUAAGCAUCCUAUAUCAUCUACAAACAUUGAACCUUUCUUAUUGUCGGAGUCUUAAACGACUUCCCAAGGGAAUGAAAUAUAUGACUGCCCUCCGUCACCUCUACACUCAUGAAUGUUGGCAGUUAAAGAGCAUGCCUGCUGACCUUAGAUGCCUCACUUCCCUACAGACACUUACAUGCUUUGUGGCAGGUGCUAGCUCUGGUUGCAGUAAGGUGGGAGAAUUGGGGCGGUUAAACAACCUUGGUGGUCAGUUGGAGCUAAGACAGCUAGAAAAUGUGAGAGAAGCGGAUGCAUAUGCGGCAAAUCUCAGAAAUAAGGAAAAGGUGACCAGGUUGACACUAACAUGGACUGGUGGAGACAAGGAGGCACAAAAUAGUGAUAAAGAGGUAUUGGAAGGUCUAAAACCUCAUGAUGGGCUGAAGGUUCUCAGGAUAUAUUCCUACAGUGGCGACACUUGUCCGACAUGGAUGAAUAAGCUGCAAGACAUAGUGGAGCUUGAGUUAUCUGAUUGCAAAAAGCUCGAGAAGCUUCCUGCAAUCUGGCAGUUACCAGCUCUGAAAGUUCUUCGCUUGUGCGGAUUGCCAAAUUUUGAGACAUGGUGGGACACAAGAGAGGUACCAGGACAAAAGCCAGCAUUUCCUUUGCUUGAGAAGUUAUCUGUCAAAGAAUGUAAAAGUCUGGUUUCAUUGCCAAUGGCGCCAUUGAUUAUAGAAUCGUCUGGAGGAUGUGACACCGCGUGGUGCUCUGCAUUUCCAGCUUUGAGAGAAAUGGAAUUAGAUGACCUGGAGAUGUUUCAGCGAUGGGAGGCAAAUGAAGCAACUGUAGAAGAAAAUGUAAUAUUUCCUCGGCUUGAGAAGCUGUCAAUCAGCGAUUGUGAAAGUCUAGCUACAUUGCCGAAAGCGUCAGUUAUUAAACCACCAUUUGGAGGGGUCGAGACUGAGUGCCGCUCUGCAUUUCCAGCAUUGAAGGAACUAAUAUUAGUUGAUUUGACAACCCUUGAGAAAUGGGAAGCAGAUCUGCUAGGAUGGCAAUAUGCAAUCAGGAGGCGGCUGGCGUGCUUGAAAUGA